AUGAAGAAGAAGAAGAAGAAGAAGAAGAAGAAGAUGAUGGUGGUCAUGUGUUGCCAUCCAGGCAGCGCCACCACAUCUUCCUCCUGCUGCUGACCUCUGACCUGGGCCUGCCGCCAGCAUGGGGUGUCGCCUGACUCGCAACAAGGCUCACCAACCUUCGCGCCACAGGCACCGGGAGGAGCAGCGCUUCGUGGACCAGUACGGCCAGCCCGUCGGCACACAGGGCGAGGGCCGGAGGGGGCGGAGCCACCGCCGGCGACGGGUGGAACACAACAGGACCCCCUCGGAGAGACACUGGGAGGCCCUGAGGGCCAUGGGACUGAUGGAGGCCGAGGACAGCCGGGCGGCGGGCUACAACGGCGGACACUUUUAUGACAACUCAGCGUCCAAUGUAUACGCCGCCAACAACGCCCUGGUGUCACCUGAUGGCUAUCGAACCAAUGGCUACCUGUCCAGGGAUCCCACCAGCCAUGGUUCCAACUACCUACCGAGUGUCUCCUACAGUUUGGACCACCUGGACCGUCUGGACAGCCAGGUUCCGGAAAUGUCAGCGUAUCAGCCCAACUCAGAGAGCUGCCUCCUCGGAUGCUGCAACUCGGAGGAAUCGGAGGAGCACAAGAGUUAUUCCGAGCAGUCUUACCGGCCCCAAUGGCGUCCCCUGGGCUACCUUCCCCUCAGCGAGCUGGACAGCGGCCUGGGAUGUGGCCCAGACAGCCCGCAUCACCGCGUGGCGCUUUCCGAAGCCGAGACGGACGCCAUGUCAUCGCUACCCGGCAACACCGCCUCCUCACAAGGAUCCUCCUCCUCCUCCGAGUCGCUCAUCUCCUCGGAACCCAGCGACUCGGGCUUCCACAGUGUCAGCACCGGCGAGCACAGAUGUUUCCAUAAGAUCCAAAGAAACGCUUACCACCUGCGCUCGGGUCACUCCCCCCGGGAGCAUAGGGGACGCUGGGAUCUGGAGUCCAUCCCUGAGACCACACCAAUGAGCCAGGCCGGAGCGCCGCAGUCGUCCCGCUGCACGGUGGGCAACAGCACUACCACCACGGUGCACUUCCACCGAGCUGAGAGGAGUCCCACUCUGCCUCGUACCCACUCGCCACCUUCGCCCUCUUCUGGUUGCCGCACAGAGCCCUGCCAGCGCCGGGCGCUAUGGUUGGAGCAGCGUCAAGGAAGAGGGGGCGGUACUAUCGAGGCACCAGGAAGAAGUCGAACACUAAUGGAUCUGAGUGAGGUCCAGCAGCAUCGCCGGGCCAGCCACCCUGUAGAAAUGGAAGUGAACACUGCGAGGAAGCAGGUCCUUAGCAACCAACCACGUCCAGCCAGCAGCACACCGGGUCCUAGGAGCCGGGCCAGUUAUCCCACGAGUUGUCCGCCUUCUGUUCACCUCAGCAUAGACGCACUGACUGGUCACCAAAACACAAACAGGGCCUUGCAGAGCGGGGGCUGCAGCAGGCAGGAAGAUCUGAGGAGUCACGAGUUGCUUCCUCGCGUGCCGUCAGACUGGCGCGGUUUUCAGACUCUGGGAAAUCGAACCAGCAUCCAAAAAGGUUCUUCUGGCCCUUUUUACAGCACACUAGGGGCUCAUAUUAGCCCCCGCUCUCCCCUUUCCUCACGCUCCCGACAGUCCAAUCAGAAGUCAGUGAGGAACCAGCUGCUCCGCGCCCGGGCUUACCGGCUGGCACGGGAGAGAAGCGAAGUCACCACGGACGAGGAGAUGCGGGGUGACACUGGGAGACCAGGGGACCACGAAGGGGAGGACGGGCCGUGGGCCGGCAGGUACUGGAACCGCACCGAGAGGAGACGUCACCUGGCGUUGUCGCGGCAACACAGAGAGCGUCGUUGGUGUGAGGAGGCAGCAAGCGUGGGUCAGGGGUCGCUGUCUUCCCAGAUGGUUCUGGAACUGAGUCACAGGAAGCAGAACCGGCUGAGGAACAACAAGCUACUCGAUGAUUGGAUCACGGUGGAGGAACUCCUGACUCACGGGACCAGAGUAGAGGCCGACAACCAACUCUGUCCCAGCCCUCUGCUAUCGGUCACUACCGUCUGAGGGUUUGGGGUCAUCUUCAGUACCAAAAGGUCCAGUUGGUUCAACAGUUGGAUUCUUUGUUGGGUUUUGGAAGCAAAUCAAGGGAAGUUUGAGAAUCAAGCAAUACGCCUUCUGGGGACCGCCCGUGUUAUUUAAGGAGCUAUAGAACCAAAAGUAGACACUUAAAGAGGCCUUUAGCGCUGAUAAGUCUGCAAUGUUGGAGGUUUACUUUGGCCUGAGGUUUCUAAACAUGACAAGGUUCCCUUCCCAUCGGAGUGUGACAAACAUCUAAGCUUCUCCCAAGUUGUUGGGGCUAUGGGGACCAGACCGGGGCUAGUUGAACAUCUUAGGACACUUCGAAACCAAGCCAGACUGACCCUGCAGCAGCACCUGGGAACACCUUCAGGUCCCCUUUCUUACACAGAGUUCUCAGCAACAGUCCAGUCCCAAGCAUGCUAACUAAGACAAGCGUUGGGGCUGAAAUGUGCUCUUGCAUGGCGUGAACGCUAGGGGGCAGUGUUUUCCUUUUGUAGACCGCGUUAGCUUCCUGUGGGUAGGAGUUGUGAACAACGGCUGCAAAAUUAGCUCAAAAAGCUAGCACUUUAAAUGUUAGCGUGCUAGCAUAGUUUUUAUUUGAUAACAAUUUUAUGAUUCAUAACCAGUACCUUAGUCAAAAUCUCCCCUAACUUGUCACAUUCAUUAUUUUUAUGUCUAACUAUUGUAGUUUUAUGUUAUUAACAUGUUAUUAUUCAUAACAGCCCCCAACAAUGUCUAAACCGCCCCAAAAGGUGUCACAUUCAUUUGUGCUGCAAGACUUUUAUGUCUAUUACAGUUUUAAUUUUUUUUAUAGUUAUGUUAUUAACAUGUUAUUAACAUGUUAUUGUUCAUAACAAGCCCCCCAACCUUGUCUAAAUCUCCCCAAAACGUGUCACAAUCAUUUGUGCCGCAAGACUUUUAUGUCUAUUUUACUUUUUAAAUCAUUGUUAUAAAGUUGUUGUGUUAUUAACAUGUUAUUAGCGUGUUAUUACUUAAUGUGUCAUUGUUCAUAACCAGCCCCCCAAACUUGUCUAAGUCUCCCCAAAUGUGUCACAAUACUUUUUGCUGCGAGACUUUUAUGUCUAUUAUGGUUUUUAAACCAUUGAUUUAUAGUUGUUAUGUUAUUAACAUGUUAAUGUGUUAUUAACAUGUUAUCAAUGUGUUAUUACACAUAACCAGCCCCUCCCACCUUGUCAAAAUCUCCCCAAAACGCAUCACAAUCAUUUGUGCUGCAAGACUUUUAUGUCAAUCAUAGUUAUUUAAUCUUUGUUUUAUAGUUGUUAUGUUAUUAACAUGUUACUAACGUGUUAUUAUUCAUAACAAACCCCCAACCUUGUCUAAAUCUCCCCAAAACUUGUCACAAUCAUUUUUGCCGCAAGACUUUUAUGUCUAUUUUACUUUUUAAAUCAUUGUUAUAUAGUUGUUAUGUUGUUAACAUAUUAUUAGCGUGUUAUUAACAUGUUAUUAAUGUGUAAUUGUUCAUAACAAACCCCCAACCUUGUCUAAAUCCCCCCAAACUUGUCACAAUAAUUUGUGCUGCGAGACUUUUAUGUCUAUUAUAGUUUUCAAAUUAUUCUUUUAUAGUUGUUAUGUUAUCAACAUGUUAUUAACAUGUUGUUAACGUGUUAUUAUUCAUAACCAGCCCUCCCCCCACCUUGUCUAAAUCUGCCCAAAACGUGUCACAAUCAUUUGUGCUGCAAGACUUUUAUGUCCAUCAUAGUUUUUCAAUCUUUGUUUUAUAGUUGUUAUGUUAAUAACGUGUUAUUAUUCAUAACAAACCCCCAACCUUGUCAAAAUCUGCCCAAAACAUGUCACAAUAAAUUGUGCUGCAAGACUUUUAUGCCUAUCAUAGUUUUUAAAUCAUUGUUUUAUAGUUGUUAUGUUAUUAACAUGUUAUUAAAAUGUUAUUAAUGUGUUAUUAUUCACAACCAGCCCCCCCAACCAUGUCUAAAUCUGCCCAAAACGUGUCACAAUCAUUUGUGCCGCAAUACUUUUAUGUUUAUUAUACUUUUUAAAUCAUUGUUAUACAGUUGUUAUGUUACUAACAUGUUAUUAACAUGUUAUUAACAGGUUAUUGACGUGUCAUUAUUCAUAACCAGCCCCCCCACCUUGUCUAAAUCUGCCCAAACUUGUCACAAUCAUUUGUGCUGAAAUUGUUUUAGUCAAACUGUUACAGUUGUAAUGUCAACAUUUUAUAGUUGUUACGUUAUUAACAUGUUAUUAACGUGUUAUUAUUCAUAACAAACCCCCAACCUUGUCUAAAUCUCCCCAAAACUUGUCACAAUCAUUUUUGCCGCAAGACUUUUAUGUCUAUUUUACUUUUUAAAUCAUUGUUAUAUAGUUGUUAUGUUGUUAACAUAUUAUUAGCGUGUUAUUAACAUGUUAUUAAUGUGUUAUUGUUCAUAACAAACCCCCAACCUCGUCUAAAUCUCCCCAAACUUUUCACAAUUAUUUGUGCUGCGAGACUUUUAUGUCUAUUAUAGUUUUCAAAUUAUUCUUUUAUAGUUGUUAUGUUAUCAACAUGUUAUUAACAUGUUAUUAACGUGUUAUUAUUCAUAACCAGCCCUCCCCCCACCUUGUCUAAAUCUGCCCAAAACGUGUCACAAUCAUUUGUGCUGCAAGACUUUUAUGUCCAUCAUAGUUUUUCAAUCAUUGUUUUAUAGUUGUUAUGUUAUUAACAUGUUAUUAACGUGUUAUUAUUCAUAACAAGCCCCCCAACCAUGUCUAAAUCUCCCCAAAACGUGUCACAAUCAUUUGUGCUGCAAGACUUUUAUGCCUAUCAUAGUUUUUAAAUCAUUGUUUUAUAGUUGUUAUGUUAUUAACAUGUUAUUCAAAUGUUAUUAAUGUGUUAUUAUUCACAACCAGCCCCCCCAACCAUGUCAAAAUCUGCCCAAAACGUGUCACAAUCAUUUGUGCCGCAAUACUUUUAUGUUUAUUUUACUUUUUAAAUCAUUGUUAUACAGUUGUUAUGUUACUAACAUGUUAUUAACAUGUUAUUAACAGGUUAUUGACGUGUCAUUACUCAUAACCAGCCCCCCACCUUGUCUAAAAUCUGCCAAAACUUGUCCCAAUCAUUUGUGCUGAAAUUAUUUUUGUCAAACUGUUACAGUUGUAAUGUCAACAUUUUAUAGUUGUUACGUUAUUAACAUGUUAUUAACAUGUUAUGAACGUGUUAUUAUUCAUAACAAACCCCAACCUUGUCUAAAUCUGCCAUAAACGUGUCACAAUCAUUUUUGCCGCAAGACUUUUAUGUCUAUUUUACUUUUUAAAUCAUUGUUAUAUAGUUAUGUUGUUAACAUGUUAUUAGCGUGUUAUUAACAUGUUAUUAAUGUGUUAUUGUUCAUAACAAGCCCCCCAACCAUGUCUAAAUCUCCCCAAACUUGUCACAAUAAUUUGUGCUGCAAGACUUUUAUGUCUGUCAUAGUUUUCUAUCUUUGUUUUAUAGUUGUUAUGUUAUUAACAUGUUAUUAAUGUGUUAUUAUUCUUAACAAGCCCCCAACCAUGUCUAAAUCUCCCCAAAACAUGUCACAAUCAUUUGUGCUGCAAGACUUUUAUGCCUAUCAUAGUUUUUAAAUCAUUGUUUUAUAGUUGUUAUGUUAUUAACAUGUUAUUGAAAUAUUAUUAAUGUGUUAUUAUUCACAUCCAGCCCCCCCCCAACCAUGUCUAAAUCUGUCCAAAACGUGUCACAAUCAUUUGUGCCGCAAUACUUUUAUGUUUAUUUUACUUUUUAAAUCAUUGUUAUACAGUUGUUAUGUUACUAACAUGUUAUUAACAGGUUAUUGACGUGUCAUUAUUCACAACCAGCCCCCCACCUUGUCUAAAUCUGCCCAAAACGUGUCACAAUCAUUUGUGCCGCAAUACUUUUAUGUUUAUUUUACUUUUUAAAUCAUUGUUAUACAGUUGUUAUGUUACUAACAUGUUAUUAACAUGUUAUUAACAGGUUAUUGGCGUGUCAUUAUUCAUAACCAGCCCCCCACCUUGUCUAAAAUCUGCCCAAACUUGUCACAAUCAUUUGUGCUGAAAUUGUUUUUGUCAAACUGUUACAGUUGUAAUGUCAACAUUUUAUAGUUGUUACGUUAUUAACAUGUUAUUAACGUGUUAUUAUUCAUAACAAACCCCCAACCUUGUCUAAAUCUGCCCAAAACGUGUCACAAUCAUUUUUGCCGCAAGACUUUUAUGUCUAUUUUACUUUUUAAAUCAUUGUUAUAUAGUUGUUAUGUUGUUAACAUAUUAUUAGCGUGUUAUUAACAUGUUAUUAAUGUGUAAUUGUUCAUAACAAACCCCCAACCUUGUCUAAAUCCCCCCAAACUUGUCACAAUAAUUUGUGCUGCGAGACUUUUAUGUCUAUUAUAGUUUUCAAAUUAUUCUUUUAUAGUUGUUAUGUUAUCAACAUGUUAUUAACAUGUUGUUAACGUGUCAUUAUUCAUAACCAGCCCUCCCCCCACCUUGUCUAAAUCUGCCCAAAACGUGUCACAAUCAUUUGUGCUGCAAGACUUUUAUGUCCAUCAUAGUUUUUCAAUCUUUGUUUUAUAGUUGUUAUGUUAUUAACAUAUUAUUAACAUGUUAUUAUUCAUAACAAGCCCCCCCCGACCAUGUCUAAAUCUCCCCAAAACGUGUCACAAUCAUUUGCGCUGCAAGACUUUUAUGCCUAUCAUAGAUUUAAACCAUUGUUUUAUAGUUGUUAUGUUAUUAACAUGUUAUUAAUGUGUUAUUAUUCACAACCAGCCCCCCCAACCAUGUCUAAAUCUCCCCAAAACAUGUCACAAUCAUUUGUGCUGCAAGACUUUUAUGCCUAUCAUAGUUUUUAAAUCAUUGUUUUAUAGUUGUUAUGUUAUUAACAUGUUAUUAAUGUGUAAUUAUUCACAACCAGCCCCCCCCCAACCAUGUCUAAAUCUCCCCAAAACAUGUCACAAUCAUUUGUGCUGCAAAACUUUUAUGCCUAUCAUAGUUUUUAAAUCAUUGUUUUAUAGUUGUUAUGUUAUUAACAUGUAAUUAAAAUGUUAUUGACGUGUCAUUAUUCACAACCAGCCCCCCAACCUUGUCUAAAUCUGCCCAAAACAUGUCACAAUCAUUUGUGCUGCAAAACUUUUAUGCCUAUCAUAGUUUUUAAAUCAUUGUUUUAUAGUUGUUAUGUUAUUAACAUGUUAUUAAUGUGUUAUUAUUCACAACCAGCCCCCCCAACCAUGUCUAAAUCUCCCCAAAACGUGUCACAAUCAUUUGUGCUGCAAAACUUUUAUGCCUAUCAUAGUUUUUAAAUCAUUGUUUUAUAGUUGUUAUGUUAUUAACAUGUUAACGUGUUAUUAUUCAUAACAAGCCCCCCAACCAUGUCUAAAUCUCCCCAAAACGUGUCACAAUCAUUUGUGCUGCAAGACCUUUAUGCCUAUCAAAGUUUUAAAUCAUUGUUUUAUAGUUGUUAUGUUAUUAACAUGUUAUUGUUCAUAACAAGCCCCCCAACCAUGUCUAAAUCUCCCCAAAACAUGUCACAAUCAUUUGUGCUGCAAGACUUUUAUGCAUAAGAUAGUUUUUAAAUCAUUGUUUUAUAGUUGUUAUGUUAUUAACAUGUUAUUAAUGUGUUAUUAUUCACAACCAGCCCCCCCAACCAUGUCUAAAUCUCCCCAAAACAUGUCACAAUCAUUUGUGCUGCAAGACUUUUAUGUCCAUCAUAGUUUUUAAAUCAUUGUUUUAUAGUUGUUAUGUUAUUAACAUGUUAUUAAAAUGUUAUUAAUGUGUUAUUAUUCACAACCAGCCCCCCCAACCAUGUCUAAAUCUCCCCAAAACAUGUCACAAUUAUUUGUGCUGCAAGACUUUUAUGUCCAUCAUAGUUUUUAAAUCAUUGUUUUAUAGUUGUUAUGUUAUUAACAUGUUAUUAAAAUGUUAUUGAUGUGUUAUUAUUCACAACCAGCCCCCAACCUUGUCUAAAAUCUGCCCAAAACAUGUCACAAUCAUUUGUGCUGAAAUUGUUUUUGUCAAACUGUUACAGUUGUAAUGUCAACAUUUUAUAGUUGUUACGUUAUUAACAUGUUAUUAACGUGUUAUUAUUCAUAACCAGUCCCCCAACCGUGCCAAAAUCUCCCCAGACUUGUCCUAACCGUCUAAAAUAUGUUGUAUAAUUAUUAUGGUUGUUUUAAUGUGUUAUUGACACGUCUAAAUCUCCCCAAACUGCAAAUAUAUAUAUAUUUUUUCGGACUAUUCUAGUUUAGCACAAAGUUGU